UACGAAUUCGCUCAACUGGAAGAAAGCCUAUGGAGUGCCGUGCGAGAAGCUGCUGGAAGUGAAUAUAUCAGCGACAAAGCGCAACUAUCUGACGUGAACUUGCUCAAAGAGUUCCAGACAUUUGGAGACCGCAUUCACAAGCUGUACCCGAACGAUCUGACUGAUGGUCUGGAGACGUUGGACUCAGUUUGGGUCUAUCAGCUAGCCUUAGCUGAUUUGCGUGGCAUAUUCGCUCUCUACGAAUCGUUCCGAAGAUUCCAGAAGCAGCAGACUGGCGCUGGACGCGUGGCUUCGCCCAAACAGGCCUGGCUAGAUUUAACCGAAUCGAUUUUAAACGACCCGCAAAAUGCCGUGGAAGAAGGACUAGCCAAAAUCAACGAAAUCAGACAGAACAAUCUGUUUCAGUCGGUGGCUAAGGAAGUUGAAGGCGACAUGAUGUGCAACAUCAAACAAAGCCCGCAACAAGUCCUUUACAGCCUUUACGAAGCCAUUGCCCUCACAGAACUGAAGGGCCAUGCAAUGAUUCAGUUUUCGUACAUGCUACUCAGAUUGUACGGCAAAGGCAAUUUCACCAAGGAAUCGCAGCACAGCCGCGAGAGGUUCCAGGAAAGAACCAACAAUGCGGUCGAAUCAGUAAAAAGAGCCAUGCAAAAGGUGUCGCGGGAAUUGUGGAAAUGUGACCCGAAAAAGCACGUGAAAGGGGAAACGUACGAAGAAAUUACCAAUCUGCUGCAAGGCUACGUGCAAAAUGAAGUCGACUUGAAUCCUGAUGGAACGUGCAGCGAAAAUUGUGCAGAAUACACCUAUACCAAGAGCCAUGGAUGUUAUCAGAAUCUCUACUGCAGGCAGCAGAGAAGCUGCAGCGGAAAAAUUAUCGACUGUCGAUUCUUCGACUCGGACAUGUGGAUAUGUAAUGCUAAUCCCCUCAGUGGCAGACGUUACGAGUACAUUGAGUACGAGAACGGAAGAGUCCUAGGAAGGAAGCAAGGCUGCGCAAGAGGAACCACCAAAGUGGACAGCUGGUGGCGAUGGCUUUUCUGGCACUGUUCUUACUGCUUUUGUCUGUGCGACGAACAAGGCCCGAUGUCCGAUCGCUAUUUCAACAUGCGAUCGGCCAUUUCGGACAUCCAAAACAACAAAAUUAUCACCGGACUGCGUUUCGUCAAAAAGAACCGCGUUAUUCAUCUGCAAAUCCAGGAAGGCGAAUUGUUACCGCGAUUGGGCAUCAAUGCGAGUAGCGUGGCCUGGAAGCCGGUGGAAGACUACAAGAUAACGGACAGGAAGAUUUUCAAUGGCCAAGACUAUCAUACGUUAACUUGGGAGAAACGCCGCAUUGAUCUGGACGACCUGGAGGCCGAUGAUGGGAAUGUCCUAACAGGGGUGCGCUUUAAGGAAAUCGGGUCGCAUUUGAACUUUGAGAUCUACACGACGAGAUUUAACUUCGAGACCGGCAAACUGACGCCCGAGUUGAGCAAAUGGCUGGACAAUCCAAACACCGAUGUGUCCCAACCCAAACCCAGGACAAAGAUUCGCUUGAAUCAUCCGGACRUCCCAACCAGAUCGGUCAAUCCUUCUAUUCCAACAUCCCACUCAGACCAAUACAUCGAAUUCACUCACACCGACAUUGAUAGGGAUGCAGCUCAGACCACGGUGCCAUAUUUGGAUGCUCAGAAACUGGAAUCAUUAGAACCGGUCCCAUUGUCCGGCGCUGGCAUAUUCCAUAAAGGACGUGACUUUUUCGGCGGUUUUCUAGCCCCCAAGAUAUUCACCUACGACGUUACCAAACAUAUGCAGGCUGCUUUUCCAACGGAAGGGGUCAAUUGAUAAAGUGUACCGGAAAUAGUAUUAAGACAAAGUAUUACGAUCAAUUUAGAAUUAGUGCGACUGUCUUUUAAGUUUGAUUUGAUAAUCAGACAAAAUCUAGGGUUUUUGUUAUCGAAAGAUAUCCGAAGGAUGGACACACAUCUGUCGAUAGUAAAAAGGUAGCAAAUUACUUCAAGAACCCAUGUUGAGGAGGGUCUUGCAACCGAAAUCUUUCAUUGUUCUAUGUAAUUGUGACUGAAUUAUUAAACGUAAUGAUAGAAAAUA